UCCGGUUCACGUGUCAGUUCCAUGUCCCUGGCACCAAAUUUUAAAAAGAAAAUUUAUACAUCAUCUUUCUCAAGAGUAUGAACCUCUCAUGAUAGUACUCCAAAAACCACAUUUCCCUAAUUCACUCUCUUUUUCCCUGAAUCUCUCAAUCGUCGUCAGAAUCAUGUACGACAACCCUUUUCUGAACUUACUCCGUUUAAUAUUCAUCUGCUUAAUCUUGUAUAUCAUCCUCCGCCCUCUCUACGAUUGUUGUUGUCUCUCCCGCUCUAGGAGUCAUCACAUCCGCAGCCGUAACAACCGCUCUACAAUGGUUUUCGUCUCCGCCAAUCCUGCUCAUACAGCCUCACGCGGUCUAGAUCCCGCCGUCGCGAAGUCUCGUCCCGUUUUCAUUUUCUCCGCCUCGACGCAUAGGGAUCCGAUCGAUUGCGUUGUUUGUCUCUCACAGUUCGAAGAGGGAGAAUUGGGUCGGCCUCCCGCAACGACGGUAGAGGAGCAAGUAGCGAUCAUCACGAUCCCUCCUGAAUCGGGAUCUUCUAUGAUGCCGUUGGAAGAAGCGCCGGUGAGUCAGAUGCCAUCUUUUACUCGGAUGUUGAGCAGAGAUGGAAGAAGUGCCCCAUCUUCAUUUGUUGGAGCUCCGUCUCAAUCGCUGUCGUCAAGCUGCGGGAUAGUGAUGACCGAAUCAGAAUAUGAGCGGAGAGGAGAAGAGAUUAAAUGA